AUGAUUAACAAGCAUUUCUUUGAAAUUGUGUUGGUGCUGUUGGCCUCUUCUACCCUCUUCUCCGUCGGACUGAAACUGGCUCUCAUCCAACAAAGAGUAAACAGAGAGAGUUUAAGACUCUGGAAUAAAUUGCAAAAAUCAUCAAUUCAGCAGUGUCUACCACACAGGACAAACUUCCUACUUCCCCAGCAGUCUCUGAAUCGUCACUGGGACCAGAGAGGACAGGCACUGGUCAUUCUUCAUGAGAUGCUUCUGCAGAUCUUCAACCUCUUCAGGGCAGAUAUUUCUCUGCAUGGUUGGGAGGAAAGGCACAUGGAGAAUUUCCUCACUGAACUUCAUCAACAGCUGGAAUACCUAGAAGGGCUUAGAGGCCUGGAAGUAGAGCAGAAAAGUGGCAUUCUGAGUGGUGAGAACCCUAGGUUGCAUGUUAAAAUGUACUUCUGGAGGAUCCAUGAUUACCUGGAAAACCAGGAGUACAGCCGCUGUGCCUGGACCAUUGUUCGAGUAGAAAUCAACCGGUGUCUGUUCUUUGCCUUCCAACUGGUAAGAAAGCUAAGAAAACAAGAAAUGGAUUCCUUGAAGAAUGUAGAGCAAGAGCCAACUGCAGGCUUUAAAAGCAUAGGGUAG